AUGCACUGCUUCCAGUCGAGCACUAUGGAUUCGGUGGAUACCAAUCAGCCAGAUACGUCCGAAGUCGUCUACAUAUCAGCGCUUGCACUGAUAAAAAUGCUGAAGCACUGCCGAACCGGCGUGCCCUUGGAGGUCAUGGGAUUGAUUCUUGGCGAAAUUGUAGACGAUUACACGGUGAAUGUGGUUGAUGCGUUUGCAAUGCCGCACACGGGCCUUCCUGGCGAAGCAAUCAAAAGUAGCUUUCGACCAGCAGUUUCGUCCGCAGUGUGGGACCCAGAUUUUGAAAAAAAGAUGCUUGACUUGUUGGAGCAGACUGAGCGGCCUGAAGUGGCUAUUGGCUGGUACCACUCGCAUCCAGGAUUUGGAUGCUCGCCAUCUAAAACCGACACCGAUUUGCAAAAUGACUUCGAGGAAAAUAUUUCGGAGCGAGCAUUUGCCGCCAUUGUCGAUCCGCUUCAGUCCGUCAAAGGAAAGGUUAUGAUCGAAGCCUUUCGUACAGUGCGUCUGGAGCUGGAAGACUCGUUAGUUCCGGGGGUGGGAGACUUGGAGAUUCGCCAAACUACUUCGAAUCUAGGACAAAUGAAGCGAAUCAACAGAAAUGCUCUGCCCUGUGGCCUCAAUAUCUUACUCUACAAAAUACGAGUCGAGUUUAAAAUGCAUGAGCUUGAGCAAAAAAUGCUGCUGAGUUUGAAUAGGCAUACUUGGAUAGAUUCACUUAGCUUGAUUCGACUCAGCGAGCACGGAAAGAAAAACCAAGCGCACAUGCAAAAUAUAUUACGACUAGCCAAACUCUACAAAAAGGAUUUGGAGGAGCAAGAAGAAAUGACGGAGGAACAGCUGGCAUUGAAGAAUGUUGGAAAGCUAGACCCGAAACGGCAUCUCGAAGAAGUAGUACACAAAAUGCUUGCCGAUAACAUCUUGCAAAGUCUUGGAUCUGCGCUUAACACGGCGUCAUUUCAGUAA